AGUGGGGUGGUUUAUCAGUCGGUUGGCAUUAGUUAUCAUUGUUAUACUAUCGUUAAACCUUCUUUUCUAUAUAGAGUCUAGUUUUUGAAAUUUCAUUCACUCAGUUUUAGGAAGGAAGAGCAAACGUCGCACCUGCCCUCGGGAGUAGUUUGGAGCUGCUCCGUUCGUGUACCGCAGGACCAUGCGACACAUUUACAUUCACUGAGAGACAGCAAGAAGUGUUUUCACUCUAGAAAGAACAAUCUCUGUCAUAUCAACGGGAACUGUCAAGAUUUAACCGUACACCAAGAGAAAUCACAGUAGCCUACCUGGACUAUUACAGCCACAUCCAAAUAUAAAGUGACAGCUGAUUGUACGGAAUAUCCGUCGGAACGUUAUUUUAACGGACGAAAUGACUCCCGUUCAAACCUCAGUCAAAGGCUUCUUCACUUUCCAGCUGCUUCUUAAUUUCUUCUCAAGUGGGUUGGUAAAGGGAUCUCGUCUGCCUGAUCCACAGCUGCUUCCUGCCGAAGACACACACCUUCAGCAUGUUGGUGGCACACUCACUCUCAUCUGCAGAGGAUCAACUUCCCUGCACUGGAGGCUAGCUAACAGAAAUGUGUCAUCGGUACGGAUUGAGCUGUGUGAGGAGAGAAUGCACAAGUACUGCAGCAAGCUGGUCAUACACAACCUGAUGCACAACGACACUGGCUUCUACACAUGCGGCGGUCACCAAAAGUCUAGAGAUCAUGAGGUGUCCACAUAUGUUUUUGUUAAAGAUCACAAUAAUCCAUUUGUGGAGGAUUACAGUUCACCACACCUGCUUUUUGCAUAUCGGGAUGAACCUUUUUUUGUGGUCCCAUGCAGAACAACGUCCCCAAAUCAACAUGUUAUCCUUGAGACUAUGAAUCCUAUGGCAGAUCAUGUAAAAAGUGGGGUGGAGUGGGAUCCAAAGAGAGGAUUCAAGAUUCCCUUGAAAUCUGAUGACAGCUACCAACUGAUUAUGUGUAUGACCAGUGUGGAUAACAAACAGUUUACAUCAGACUACAUCCUUUUAAGGCUAACGUUGGAGCUGAAAAACAUUGCCAUCGAGCCAGAACGACCAAAAUUACUGGUCGGUGACACCCUGGUCCUCAACUGCUCUGCAGAGACCACUUACAACGGCAGAAUUGGAUUUGAGUGGCAGUUCCAUAAGGGUCGGAUCAAUCGCACUCACCAUAAUAACAAGACAAGGGACCAACCUGGCCAAAUCAUCAUGAUGACUAACGCAUUAACCGUGCCUAAUGUGACAAUGGAGGACAAGGGCACAUAUGUGUGCAUAGCAUCAAAUGAAGAGAAAAGGCAUCAAGUUUCAACUAAAGUUAUUGUAUACGAGCAUCCAUUCCUUAAUGUGACCCAUAAUAAACGCAAAUUUAUCUCUACUGUAGAGGGUAGAAAGGUGCAGUUUGAGCCACGGGUCAAUGCCUUGCCCGCACCAGACCAAGUGUUGUGGUACAAAGAUGGAGUUGCCAUUUCAGAAAAUUCCACAUGUUAUGAGACAGCCGGCUACAACCUCACCAUAAAACAAGUGAGGCAGAAGGAUGCUGGGAUCUUCACUAUCGCUCUGUCAAACCAGGAGAAAGGUCUCUACAGAAACCUCAGCUACAAGCUGGAAGUCAGAGUGAAGCCAAAGAUCUUUGAGGAGGAUGUGGCUCCAGGUGGCCCACAAACUUACAAAUAUAAUGAGGGGCACCAGCUCAGCUGCACUGCAUUUGGGAUUCCCAUGCCAGACAUUACCUGGUUUUGGCAGCCGUGUGACCCCAGACCUGAUCUUACAGAGUCUUCUACUGUAAGCACUCUGGUGGUGGAAACAGCUAAUGUGUCGGGGAUCUACUCCUGUACAGCAAAGAAUGAACUUGGGAACCGGACUAUGAGAAUCCCUUUUUUUGUGUAUAAUCAGACACAGCCGUUUGAGAUUAGGCCCUCGACAGCUGUUGCAGGAGAUGAUGUUACAUUGACCUGCAGAGGCACAAGAUACCUCUACGACAAGUUGCAUUGGUAUGGUCCACUGGGCCGCAUAGUGCCCAAAGAUGAAACCACUCUUCGGAUCGAGCCCUACACCAUAUCUUUGUCUAUCAAGUUGCCCAGUGUCUCCAGAAACCACACUCUGGGCUAUGAAUGCCAGGCUUUAAACAUCAACUCCAAUAAAGUGGUCAAUACAACAUCUCUUUUGACUAUUAAUGAGAGGCAAAGGCCCACGCUGAUGCAGAAUCUGACUAAUCAGGAUGUGAACAGCAGCAGCACCCUGAUUCUGGCCUGCUUGGCUAAGGGUGUGCCAGAACCAGAUAUCAAAUGGUACAAAGACAAGACUCCUGUCACAGAGGGACCAGGUAUCAUUCUAAAAGAUGGCGUUCUGAUGAUUGAGAGGGUGAAGAAGGAUGAUGAGGGCAUUUAUGAAUGUCAUGCCAGCAAUGAUGGAGGGGAAGCAAUAACCAGUGCGGUCAUUACUGUAGUGGGAGAAGACAGUAAACCAAAUAUUGAGGUGAUCAUUUUAGUGUCUACUGGAGCAGCAGCAACAUUUCUUUGGAUAAUGCUUAUUCUCUUUAUCCGUAAACUAAGAAAGCCAAGUUCAGCAGAUUUAAAGACAGGGUACCUGUCCAUCAUCAUGGAUCCUGACCAGAUGCCCCUUGAUGAGCAGUGUGAUCGUCUGCCCUAUGACAGCAACAAAUGGGAGUUCCCCAGAGACCGCCUCAGACUCGGUAAAACUUUGGGCCAUGGAGCAUUUGGAAAAGUUGUAGAGGCCUCUGCAUUUGGCAUAGACAAGAUUUCUACUUGCAAAACGGUGGCAGUGAAAAUGCUGAAAGCAGGAGCUACAAAUAACGAAUGGAGAGCUUUAAUGUCUGAACUGAAGAUUCUGAUCCAUAUUGGUCAUCAUCUCAACGUGGUCAAUCUGCUCGGAGCCUGCACAAAGCGUGGAGGUCCGCUAAUGAUAAUCGUGGAAUACUGCAAGUAUGGAAAUCUUUCCAACUACUUGAGAAGUAGGAGGGGUGACUUUGUGGUAUACAAGUCUCAGGACGUUAAGGCUCUGCGUUCCAGCUCCGGGUGUGAUCUGAGCGAGCUCAUCAAGCGCAGGUUGGAGAGCGUGGCCAGCACCGGAAGUUCAGCCAGCUCUGGCUUCAUUGAAGAUAAGAGCUACUGCGACUCGGAGGAAGAGGAGGAAGAGCAAGAGGAUUUGUAUAAGAAAGUGCUCACACUAGAAGACUUGAUUUGCUACAGCUUUCAAGUGGCUAAAGGCAUGGAGUUCUUGGCUUCAAGAAAAUGUAUUCACCGUGAUCUGGCCGCACGUAACAUCCUGUUGUCUGAAAACAAUGUAGUGAAGAUUUGCGAUUUUGGACUUGCAAGAGAUGUAUACAAGGACCCAGACUAUGUCCGCAAAGGAGACGCCAGACUUCCCUUAAAGUGGAUGGCUCCAGAGGCGAUAUUUGACAAGAUCUAUACCACUCAGAGUGAUGUGUGGUCUUUUGGAGUGCUUAUGUGGGAGAUCUUCUCUCUUGGUGCCUCCCCUUACCCUGGCUUACACAUUGAUGAGGAAUUCUGCUGCCGACUAAAGGAGGGCACCAGGAUGAAAGCUCCUGAAUACUCCUCCUCUGAAAUAUAUCAAACCAUGUUAGACUGCUGGCAUGGAGAACCAUGCAAGAGGCCCACUUUCACAGAGCUGGUAGAGAGGCUAGGAGAUCUGCUACAAGCUAGUGUACAGCAGGAGGGAAAGCACUACAUCCCAAUCAACACAGCCCUAUUGACCAAAGCAGACCCCUCAAACAUGAGCCCCACAGAGGAGACCUCCACCAGACCUGCCUCUCUUAGAGACUCUGGGACGGCUUGGUACUAUUUCAAUUUGGAUUCAUUCAAAUCUGUUUGCUCCUUCCACAGGAUGAAGAGCAAAAGUAAGGAGUCAGUUCUGCUGGAGGGCGAAAAGGAGAAAUACACACUACUUGUUCCCUCACUGGACUUGAGUCUGGAGGACUCCUCUCUCGACCCGGAGCUGGAAUGUCAUAGCCCACCUCCAGACUAUAACUAUGUGGUCCGUUACUCCACACCACCCGUCUGAGUUGAUCUCCACUCUUUAGUCGCCAGAAGUCUCACCCAGUUUUGGAGGAUCUGAUUGGUUGGGUCCAUUUUGUCUCUGCACAUUAGAUCUGUUUUAUAUUUUCCCCCACUUCUUUCCAUUCCACUUUAUCCUGAUACUGGACUGGUCAUUCAGAGUUUCACAUUUUCUCUUUCUGUGCACUUUUUCAAGGUAGUGUGUGAGUACAGUGGGCUGCCACUUAUAUCACCUCAGAUAUUCCUGCUGUCUACUGUGAACACAAACAAGCUCAUUUUAUUACAAUAACGGCACUGUUUUCCCCAGUGAAAUUGCAUUUUUCAUACAGAAUGGUGGCUAAUUAUGAAAUGUUCAGUGGUUAGAAUGAGGACAAAGGCAAUUCUUAUUUUAUUCUAGAUAAAUAUUUUAUUGUAAUGAA